CCCGUUGCAAUCUCCAUUCUACCACCGAAAGAGAAAACGAAAGGGGACCGGUGCUCUCGGUAUUCUCAGCCUGCGGCUCUGCUUCUUGGUCUCACCGUAUCCGUCUCCGUGUAUCACCGUAUCAGGCUGGAGUUGCUCUUCUUCACUCAGCAGCAGCUCACGCUCGGAGUAGUCUCUUUUCCCUCACCGUCUCUCUCUCCAUUCUCCAUUUGACCACUGAAAAAGAAAACGAAUCAUCUUGGAUUGGUUUGAAGAGUGAAGACUUAUCAGUUGAGUAACGAGAAGCCCAGAACAUCAUUUGAGCAAAUCGAACGGAUAAAUCUGCAAGAAGGGGUUAUGGUGCUUGAGUUGACCCUGCAGCUGUUGUACAUGAAACAAUGUUCCCCCUUGCUUCUUAUGUGUCUGUUUGUGUAAAAUGGGUUGUUUCCCAUUCAUCAUGCCCAUAACUUUGUAUGCAAUCACCAUGGAAUUCAGUUUCUGAUUUGUGAAGAAAUUAAAACAGCACUUCUUGUUUGCAAAAGUUGCGGUACAACUGAGGAACUAAAGGAGUGUUUGGGAAAACAUGGCCAAGCAUCAUCCAGAUCUGAUUAUGUGCAGGAAGCAACCAGGGAUUGCCAUUGGACGGCUUUGUGAGAAGUGUGAUGGGAAGUGUGUAAUAUGUGACUCUUAUGUUCGACCUUGUACCCUUGUGCGGGUCUGUGAUGAAUGCAAUUAUGGUUCAUUCCAGGGACGAUGUGUGAUCUGUGGAGGCGUGGGGAUAUCUGACGCCUACUACUGCAAGGAGUGUACUCAGCAGGAGAAGGAUAGGGAUGGAUGUCCAAAGAUCGUAAAUUUGGGGAGUGCUAAAACAGAUCUCUUCUAUGAACGUAAAAAAUAUGGCUUUAAGAAAAGAUGAUGAGAUAUGUGAACUAAUUCCUUUUACUUAAAGGCAACUCCCUCCUUUUGUCUUUUUUUUGCUGCCUACUCUAUGGCGUCCUUACCAACUGAUACAGUUCAUGAUUCAUGUUUGAUGAAAGGAGUACUGUGGGUCAAGUCUGUAAAGGUGAGUUUUUGAUAUAGGUGGAAUUGUUGAUCAUGUAAUCCUGUUUAGUAUACUUACUAUUAGGCUAUUAGCUAAAGCAAUAUUUAGUAGAUUUAUUGAUGCAUAUAGACAGGAUAGCUGCUUUUCUGAGGCUCCAUGGUGCCUCAUGCGCUAAUGCUUUUUCUAUAAUUGAUCUACAUGUUCUAGACUUCUAGUCAAAAUUUUGAUUUAUUAUUUAUGGUUUCCGCUAUGUUAAGCUAU